AUUGUAUUCAAAUUAUAUGCCAAUUACGAGAGAAAAUGAGAAAAAUUAAAAGUUAACCUCUAGCUUUUUCUCAUUAUGUUAUAAUCUUCAGUGUCUUAUUGUCACAAAUCUUGAAAUGGCAGUCCUCAGUAAAUCAUCUAUUAGAAAUACAAAAAACCUCAAAUGUUCGGAAAUUAUUCAUCCAUGGAGUAAAAGUUGUAUUAAUGGAAAUGCAGAAUUUAUUUUUGUAUCAAUCAAAGGGUUGUCCUUAUUUUAUGCAAUGAUGUAUGGGAUACCUCUUAUGUUAAGGCUUAGAAAAAAUCAAAAAAUCAAUAUAUUAAAAAUUUUGUUUGACUUUAUGAGAUCAUUGUCAUGUGGAGUUUACUAUGCCUCAUCGUUUAUAUUUUUCAACUGUCUGUUCCAUAAAAUAUUUGGGAGGAUCAAUUCUAUCGCUUUUCUUUUUGUUGUUCCAUUCCUCUGUGGAUUCUCAAUAUUCUUAGAGAUUCCUGAAAGAAGAGAUAUAACUGUCACUACUUUUGUAUCAAUGUUUUUAGAAUGCUAUUAUAAACUGUUAUGCAACAACAAAAUAAUUAUGAGAUCGAAGAAAUUUGAAACCCUAUUAUUCAUGUUAGUGAAUGCACUUUUGAUGUAUUCUCUGAGAAUACGUCAAGAUUUGAGCAAUAGAAAAGAAACUUUGUGGUUUUUUACACCAACUUCAACUACACAUGAAGACACUUCUGAGAAUAUCCUUCAAAACAAUAAUGAAAAAUACUCUCAAAAAUUUUCCUACACCAAAAAUAUUAUCAGAAAUUCUCUGAAGUACAGUUCGAUAGGAUUGGCCUUAUCAGUAAUAAAGUUCUUAGUUUAUAAAGUGAUGUCGCCUUUGAACAAUCAAGAGUCAUUUUUUAGAUGGAAAAGCUUACGACUACCAUUUUUUAUGGGUUCAUAUGUAUCCACUUUUGAGGCUUUGAGUUAUUAUCUGUACAAAAAAGAAGGUAAUUACCAUUAUUAUCAAACAUUUUGGAGUGGUUUAUUUUCUGGCAUUUCAUAUUUUUUAAAUCCAAACCUUCAAGUUUUGUUCACUGCCAUAACCAUACUUUUAAAGAUACAGGGAGACCAGUUGAAGAAAAAGUACAAAAUGGCUAAUUUUCCAUACUCGGAAUUCAGCUUUAUAAUUAGCAACAUGUUUCUUUUACAAAGAAUGAUACUUGAUCAUAAACGUGUCCCUACAUUUUUUUAUAACAUGUUUAUGUUUGGCACAAUGAAAAAAGCAUCUCACAUGAUUGAUGGAAUACAGAAACAUUAUUUAACUUGAAGAUUAUUAAGAUUACAAGGCGUAAGAAACUGAUCAGUUAUCCAUAUUAUUGUUCUUAUAUUAUUUCUGACUCAUAAUCUUUACAAUGUAUACCUUUAGUGCCAUUAUUAAAAUAUUUGUCUAAUUAAAAAU